AUGGCCAACCGGCGAGCAGCCUUCGCAUGGGCACAGAAUGCCAAGGCCAAGAAGGCCGAAAAGGAGCCGGAGCGGCUGGCGGAGCGCAAGCCGAAGAACGAGGCCUCCUCGCUUCUGGGACACUACAUCCAAUUGGAAAAGGGUGAUGAUGACCUGAGCAGUGCUCCGGGUGACCUGCUAGGCCCGCGAUCGCAGGAAGCGUUGCUGGCCAUUUUCAAGCUCAUCGACGCGGACGGGGGUGGCUCCAUCUCGAAGCUCGAGCUCAUUGGCGCCGUGUACCGCCCCCUGGAUGAAGACCGAGACGGCGACGGUCAAGAAAAGGUCACGCUUUGGUGGCGAGCUUCGUGCUUCAAGGGCAUGGCCUUAGACUCUGCGGGGCAGAUCAGCAUCAACGAGUACAGCUUCGAUGUCGUCGACGACAUCUUCGACUCUGGGCCGUUGUCUGAGCCGAGUCGCAAGGAUAGCAUGGCGGGCGGGGGGACACGCGUGAAGUACGCCGACUUCUCUGCCUAUUUUCGCCGGGUGGCUGCUGCCUGCUUGGCUGCGGAGAAAGAAGAGGCCAAGAUGCGGGAGAUCUUCCGUUUGAUCGACGUGGAUGGCGACGGCUCUGUCUCCAAGCUGGAGUUGGUGGCGGCGAUGCAGAACAGCACUCGUGCGGGCAGCUAUUUGUUGCCCAACGUGAACACACGGAACGUGCUGGAGAACGAGACGAGUUAUGACAUCGUCUGCGGGCUCUUCGAUCAGAUUGCAUCAGGUCGAAAACGCAUCAGCUUUCAAGAUUUUCGGAAUUACCUCACCACGCGCUUUGCGGACAACUUUGACCGGACCCCCUCCGUGAGCAGUGCAAGUCCCUUAAGCUCUUGCAGUCCAACGAGCACGAGCGAGCAUGCGGAUCGCUCCACCAUGAAGUUGAUGAUUUUGGCGCCGGGCUUCGGACAGAACCCGCAACAAGCCUCGAUGCUGGCACAGGCGGGUUAUCAGCUCUUGUGGUUCACCGACUUGCCGGAGUAUCCCGAUGAGGGAGCGCGCUUGACGUACCAGACCGUGGCGCCCUUCUUGGCGAAGAUCCGCGAUGAGAUCCAAAGAUUGAAGCCAACUGCACUUCUUUGUGCCUCCCAAGGAGGUGCCUAUUUAGUCGGCUUGUGGCAGCUCGGCUAUUGGAAGGGGCCCAGCGUGAUGCUGAAUGCUCAUCCCAGCCUCCCGAUGCGGCUCCCCAGCGCUGCGCCCAUCGUUCUGGCCCACGGCUCGAACGACGAGGUGUAUUUGUGGCGCCGUGAAGACCUGGAAGACUUGGUCUGCACCGCUUCGCCCAACCGAUGCUUGCUCUACUACACCUCCAAUAGCGGCUACUUGGCCUCAGGCUCGCUGACACGCUUGGGCGAUCGCCAUUUGAUGCAGUCCAUCCUCUCCAAUGACUGCCUACCACGUUUGAUCGACGCUGCAGUUAGCUCUAUUGGCCCAGAGCUCUACAUGCUCCAAACCUGGCAGUCUCAACUGGGAGAGGAUCGAAGGGAAGCGCAACAUUGGCUCGGCUACUCGCUGGAGCGGCUCCGGCGGUUCUGGACCUCCCCAGGACGCCGGGGCCGAGAUGAGAAGCUGCACAGCGUGCCCAGCAACAGCGAGGAGUACAAGAAGGUGGCCACCAUCUUCCGGUCGGAACCCACUGAAGCACCUGCAUACAUGUUGUCCUCCCAGGCCUCUUGGGAGCGCUUGCCCAUCUACAAGAUCGAGCGAGUGGAGAAUGGGGGCCAGAUGGAAGGCAGCGCGAUACCUUAUCGAGAUGGUGUGAGAGCAUCCCUGAAACAGCAGGGUGUGGAUUUUGACCCCAGCAUCCACAGCUGUUGGACGUUCCACGGCGCGGACCACGACGCCUUGAUGUCGAUCGUUCGAGAUCCGGUGGUGGGCUUUCAACCCUUGAUCUCCGGCAGCCGCAACAGCCCCGUCUGGGGCUCUGGCACCUACUUCGCACGGGAUGCCAAGUACGUGGCCGAUGGGCAAUUUUGCCCAAGGCGGUCGGAUGGCCUAAGGUGCAUGCUACUCUGCUUGGUGACGAUGGGCAUUCCUUGCUUGGGAGAUCCGCAACAGAAGGCUGAUGAGUGUGGCGGUCUUGAAUGA